AUGCUACUGCAAGAUUCUGAGUCUGCACGAACACCACAGCCUCCGAAGGGGGAAGAGGGCCUGCAGGGAGAGAAGAGCAGCCACAUUACGCCAAAGGGCAGCCAGCCGCAGAUCAAGCAAACCGGCUCCUCGCAAACUUCAACGGAAAAAAAGCCCUCAUCUUCUGGCUUUUGUUUGUCAGCUGAUGCACCCCCGUACACUCCCCAAUCCUCAGCAGCAAAGCAAGAAACAAAGGCAACAAACAGUUUAGGCGCCGUAGCUGAGACGUUUGACUUGGGAUUUAUUCGUCCAUUUAACUCCCCUCUUGGGCACCAACAGCAACACAAUUUACAGCAAAAACACGGGUAUGCGUCAUUAACUGCACCCCUAACGACUUCUGGUGAUGCAAGGGUGCCUCGCCGAGCAGAGUCGGUAGGCCUUACCCAAGCAGAAGCCCAGCUCCAAUCCGACACUACCCGAAAGCUUUCUCUGAAGCCAAGUGCGAAUGCGGUGACGUCUACGGUACCACUCAAAUUCUGCAAGUUUCUCGUAGGCGAAGAUGUUGCAGGUUUCUUGGUUGGGCGGAAGGGCGUAGUGUACGACCUCUGCGGUGAAAUCUCAGGCAUUGAAGAAUUUCAGUCUCGAAAUGGACCGGGGCUCAAGGGAUGCUUUAAACUUGUUGUGCCCGAGACUGCGCUUGUGUACAUUUUCACACCGGAUCCAGAAGGGCGUGUGCCUGUGCUGGAAGUCGCUAAGAAACACGGCGUUGAGAUUCUCUCCUCCGCAGAAGGCGGAUACCUACACAAUAAAAUUCAUCAUUUGGGACUGAAGGAAACCAUUCUGCAAAUAAUUGGCACGUCAGAUACGGUGCCACCAGCAGUGGUGGAUCUGUCACUACUUUACCAGGGUGACCCGUCUCUGCCUUCAUCUCUCCACUUGAACUACUCGCAUGCACACUUUGUUGCCACACCACCCCCUCCGCCUACCCCACCGCCUUCCCCAGCUCUGAGCAGCAACUGUGGCACCCGUUUCCCCCCCCACUUUGCGCACCCCUCGGAAGCGCUGCAUUUAACCAGUAGUCACCAGUCUUAUGGAAUCUCUAGCACCUGGAGUCAGACACCGCAACCGACGCCGAUUCUGGACGGCCACCGGGUUUCUGUCAGCUCGCAGGCUUCUAUGCUUUGCAUGCCGUCAACUGUAGGCAGCUCGGAUAGCAUGCCAUCUGCUCAGGUGUCACAAGUCGAGUGCCAGUUGGCACCGCAAAAGCAAGGGUACCAGGGGUCAUCUUCUUAUGCCCUUCCUAGCAAUGGUAGCGGGUGUCUAGGUGGAUGGCAGAAUUGUCAGGAGAGUCCCGCCGUGAGCAUGCCAUCGCUGGCGGGGGAGCGCCUCACAGCAGAACUACAGCAUCACUUAGGGGCCGCAAUAGUUGCUGCGGCAGCAGCAAACGCAGUAACCGCUCAGCAACAAUCGACCUCAGUCCCUACCAACACUCAUACUUCAUUUUGGCCCCAACAGCAGCAGCAGCAGCAGCAAGAGCACCCUCAACAGCAGCUGCAGCAGCAGCUAAGGCCAUCAUGUGAUUGGCCGCAGAUCCAUCUUCUCAGCCAGUUUUGUGCGGCCCAUCCUAAACAAAUCUCAAGGCAAAAUGAACAAAACAGGGCACUUCUCCAGGACAAUGCACAACGGGGGCAGUUUCAUCAAGUUGAGUCGCAGCAGCCAAUUCUACAGAGACAGAUUCAGCAGGCGCAGCAGGAACACCGAAGUCUGCACUAUUCUAAUCAGCUAGAUGAAGUCAAUGGGUCUCGUAUGCCGUCCUCGGCUUGUGCAAUGAGUUUGCAACAACUGCAGGAGCAGAUCAACGCUCUACAGCUGCAGUGUAAAGAGGACGAGCAACGGGAUGAUAAUGCUGCCAGUGUAAGCUCUUUCACUUCUAGCGGUGGACAACCAGGCGAGCAGAAGCAAGUGCUGCUCGCAAAGCAGACGCAGCAACAGCUGCAGCAGUACUUACAACAACAGAUGCAGCAGCGGCAACCACAAAAUCUGCACCAGAGUCAACUCUACCGCCAAACUCUGCAAGUCGAUAUACCACCUUUGCAGCGAUGGACACUACCCAAUACGGCAUCACUGCACGACGAACAGAACUACCCCAUUACAUGCUCAGAGCCAGGAGAUGGGCAACUCCAGCAGCUGCAACAACUUCAGUCGCUUCGAGAAAGAACAUUAUUUAAGCAGGACCAAGCUGAUGAAGCUGCGGCCCAUCAGCUGAAGCUGGAUCCAUUGCAGCAUCCACCGCACGAGGCUCCAAUCGAACCACUAUCUCCGGUACCGCCCCCCCAGUGGGCACAGAUCCCGCAACACCAGCUGCAACAGCAAGCCCAGCAGCUGGCUCAGUCGCCCAAUGAUGCGAGAAUGCCACUAAGUGCUUCUCAGAGCAGCCCGUCUGGAGCUCCCCCAGACAUGUCACUGCAGCUACCUCAGCGGCAGCUGGAGGCUCAUGAUGGUAUUAAUGUCGGCAUCCUACCUCAGCAUCCGAAAGAGGCCUCAUCUGCUCUGAAGCAAGCUGGGCUAGAAGGACCUGAAUACCCUGCUCCUCAACAGUUAAUUCAGUCUGAAGAUAUAUGUGACCCUCUCACAGUACGCAAGCUUUUAGAGGAUCUUCUUAAAAUCAUAGGCCUCUCCACAAUCCAAGCCCCUAACAGCCACUGCCAGGGGUCGAAAGCGGCUGCGCUCACUCAUUCGGCUGAGACUACAUUAGACAAUGAAGCGUUGGAGGAACCUCAGCAAAGGACACUAGAAGUGGGAUCGCGGACACCGGAAGGGGUAGCAAUGUCUUCCAUCCACACUAACAAGGUAUAUUGCAUUUGA